UGGGGUCACGUGUAGGCGUCGUCUGCAAAAUGUCCCCGAGAAUGAAAUAUAGAACGUACGCAAUAUAACAUCGAAACAGUUAUCUUAGGUGAACAUGGACAAACAAGUGCACAUCGGUCACAUUGUGAGUACUGAUGCACUUGGAUUGUCACUGCAUGACACAGCAAAGGCGGGCAAGAAAAAGCUUUUGAAAAAUAUUUUGAAGAAAGGGAUAUUUGUUGACUAUCCAAAUGAUGAAGGACAGUCAGCUCUGUUUUGUGCUUGUUGUGAAGACAAGUAUUCUUCAGCACAACUGCUUCUUAAAUUUGGUGCAAAUCCAAAUGAAAGAAGCAACAGUGGGAUGACCCCUCUGCAUAUGGCCUGCUACAGUGGCAACACAGGUCUCUUGGUGAAGCUGAUUGAGGCCGGAGGGGAUCUCAGACUGCAUGACUAUGAUGGAAGAUCUGCCAAAGACUGGGCUGUUGCCAACAGGGACCCUAAAAAGCGUAGGAAAAUGGUAGAGUUCCUGGAAAAGGCCCACAUGUAUGCGAUGACCCAUUCAGGAAACGAUACAACAGCUUCCAGACAUAUUGACAGCAGCUCUGGCAUGAUACCAUCAGUCAUUCAGAUGUUGAAGAAGAGAAUAGGAUUUGAUCCAAGUAUUCACAUUGACCCACUGAAGAGGGUGCAAAGUAUGGGGUUUGGAAGUGUGUAUUUUGGAGGGGAAGCACCAGGAGCUGUUGUCUCUGCAAUACCAGUUGUCAGUGAGAAUGCUCUGUAUCAUGACACACAUGGGGUAACAUAUGAAAAUGGAUCAUUUCUUGUCAUGGAAAGUAUGACCUGGAACCAUACACCAGUGACAGUGAAACGGCUCCAUAAGCAAGCUCAUCCUGGUGGUUACGUUGAUGUUCUCAUCAAUGAAAUGGAACAGUUAGGGAAAAUUCGCCACCCUAAUGUUUUGCUGUUAAUGGGAAUUUGCCAGACAACAAGUCUUGAUUCAAUUGUCCUAGUUUUCGAGAGGAUAUACCUUGGAUCACUCUACUAUUAUUUGCAUCAAAGGAUUGAGAGAUUGCCUACGCAGAACAUUCGAGAUAUCCUUCUACAGAUCUGUAGUGCACUAAUGUUCCUCCACAACCAGAAUUACAUUCAUUGUAAUCUGUCUUCACAUGCCAUCAGCCUUGUUACACCUUUCAAUGCAAAGCUUGGAAAUUUUGAGCACAUGAUCGACAGUGGUAAAGCUGACAUGGGGAAACAGAGUGCAGUAUCACAGAUCAGAUACCAAAAUGCUUUGUACAACUGGAUGGCCCCUGAGCUGAUGCAAGAGCACCCAGCCACUUUCCUCUGUGAUGUCUACAGCUACUCUUGCAUUAUCUGGGAGAUGUUUGAAUGUGAGAUUCCAUGGGAUAUGUGCGAUGCAGAGUUGAUCAAACACAAGCUAUUGGUGGAGAAACAGCAACUCCGUGUUGAAUCAACUAAAAUGCCAAAUCUCUUCAAAAGCAUUGUAUCAGUAGGAUUAGAGUUAGAACCCUACAACAGAAAUGCAGACUUUGACAAGAUGCACCAGUGGCUUCUUUCACCUCCUGACGAGCCUAUUACGAACACAGUUCCCACAUCUCCAAGUAAAGGCUCAACAGGAAGAAGAUCAAAGCCAACUUCUGCCACAUCCUCACCUUCUAGGAGACAUGGGAAGAACUCAUCUAGGAACCAUUCACCAUCUGCUGAUCCUGUGUACAAGGAAGAGUACAGUCCAAAUGGAAAGAGACGAAAACCUCACAUCAGCAAACAAGACUACCACAAUGAAAACUACCAUAAUCUUCAUUCUCCAAAAGCUGGUAAAGGAAACCGAGUGAAGAUUGUUGAAAACGAUAAUUCACAGUGUGAUGAAGGAAAACAUGACAAGACAAGCUAUGGAAAGAUACCUUUUGCUGCUGGACAAAGUGACUGGAUGUGUAACUAUGAGCGAAACAAGGAUAGAGAUUUCUAUAGUUACACAGCCAAGUUACAGAAAGACAAAAGGCAGUUUGAAAAGGAAACUACUUCUCCCAAAGAAUAUCUUUUGGAUGGGUCAUCAGAAACUUGCAGUGGUGAUGAUGAUGACACAACUACACUGAAACAAUACCUGCAGAAGAAAGCAGCAGCGGAAUACUAUGGGGAGAGAGAAGAGAAAGAGGCCUUGAAGAAGGAACAAUAUGACUCUAGUGAUAAUGUUUCAGGGACUGUGGGGGGCAGCCCAGUCAGGUCUCCUCCAUUGUCACCGUCCCAAUUCAGCUAUCUGAGACUGAGUGAGAAAUCAGGUGGUGGUCAGUCAGUGGUAAAACCUGCCAGCCACUGUACAGAAGCUGGAUGUCCAAAAUCAUCUGGCCAACUCACAACAGCUGGAAGCCUCUUUGCACUGUACAACUCUGGAACAGACCUUCAAGAAUUGGCCAAAUUAGCCAUUGGUGCACCUGCAAAUCCAUAUGGCACAUUCCCCAGGAAGAAGAAGUCAACACAGUACUAUGAUGAUGAUGAACCAAGAGAACUUCAUAUGUUGUCAUCAGAACAAGAGGCUGAUCCCAUGUGGUUUGGAGGAAAGGGCAGUGUCAAAAAUCUGGUUCACCUGUUUCAGGAACAGAAUGAUAAUCAUGAAUUUCAGCAAAACGUCCUUCAGGGUAAAGUAGACUAUGACAGUGCUGGCAGGAACAGUAAAAGAAAGGCAAAAACUCCUGACAGACUCUACUCAAGAGUGAAUUCAAGAAAAUCACCUGUCGUCAAAGGUUUGGAGUACGAGCAGUUUGUGGAGAUGUCCCACCCUGCAGCUGUGUACAGCACACGGCCAGAUUAUAAAGACUACACACAAUAUGGAAAUAGCUACACAAACAAGACUAAUGGUGAAAAGCACACUGGAUACAUGGAUACAGACAGUCAGUGCAGCUACACUUCUCAGUCAGCUUCCAGUGUUGUUGCAGGUUGUAACCCAGAUCAAUGUAGCAGUGUUGAUUCUGAUCUCGUUUCUUCAUGGAUCGCAGACCAGCUUCAGAAGGCAAAAGCUGAAGUGGCAAGAGAAAUAGCCUCAGAAUAUGAAAGACAACGUGAAGUAGGACUGCUUGAUGAGAUUAUGGAUGAAAUGGCAAAAUGUGAGCCUAUCAAACCAGACAAGAAACUAGUGUAUGGUUAUAGAGAUUUAUAUGAGCAACAGAAGAGGAAACAAGAAUUUGACUUAAAGGAGUAUUACAUUGAUGAUGACAUCAACAACGACCCUGAUGAAAGAAGUCACAUCAGACUCCAGGGGGUUUCUGAUGGUAGAGACACAGACAACAAGGACUGGAAGUACCAAGCUAAAUCAAAAUCUGACAGUAACUCUGGUAGAGACAUGUAUGCUAAAAAGAAAUCUGAGAGAAAACACAAACGUGAGAGUGGCAUUCCCAAGCCAAAAGUUGGAACAAGGCUGAUGUCAACAAAACAAACAGAUAAACCAGCUUCUAAAGGCUUUACCACCACAGUCACUGUGGAAUCCAGUCUCAUCAAUCCUGGAGAGCAUAAACUUUGUCACACAGCUACAGACCUUGCUACUGGGGAGACAACAACACUUCAUGAAGAAAGAGUGAAGGCUGCAACUGUACACUCCAAGCUCCAGGCUUAACCUCCAUGUCAGUUUUAUUGUCCAUGAAUUGCAAAUCAUCAUCUUAAAACAGCAUGAUUUUCUUUCUUGGGAAAUAUUUUAAGACAAUGUUAGUUUGUUAUUGUUAUCUCUCAUAUACUGUAUAUUCUUUGAAACAAUUUGAAGGCAUUUCAUCAUAUAAACUUGACAGGUUCUUCUCUCCCUGAUACUUGUUAUAUUGAAAUACUGUCAAAAGAUUCUGGAGAAUACAAAGCAUAGUUUAUUAUCAAAUGGAAGUACAUAUUUACAAAUAAUUAUUAAUGAUAUUUUUUCUCUCCAAUGUUUUAUG